AUGGCCAUUGGGGAUCCAGAUUGGACUGCCGCCGAUACCUUACAUGUGUACAUGCGAUUGCGAUGCGAGCCUGAGGAUAUACCUGAAGAUGUGUUAAAUCCUUGCGGGAAAGGGCCUUAUCUCACGCUGGAAGAGGAGUUACGCCUCAUAAAUAAACAAGUCGAGGAUAGCGAGGGGUUCGACAUCAAUUUCAAGGAGUUCCGAGACAUUUAUAAUUACCAACCAGUUGAUUUCGAUGAUAAAGAAUACGUCAUGCCACCAGAGACCCAUGGAGAGUUAAUGGACAGGCUCUCUCGUGAUUCCCUUGAGAGAUACAAUGAAGAGAACGUCCAAUAUUUCUUCUAUAUGCUUUCUCGUUUGGAUUUUCAUCUAUAUACAAGAUUUUUGCAUUUUAUGAAUGGUUUUUUUGUGUGUGUGUGUGGUGUGUGUGAAACUGGUACUCCUUCCACAAUGUAUUUCAUUACCUUUCAAGGUAAAGAUCCUUCCGAUGACGAUGAGCCAAAUCACUUCCGAGCUAAGGUCUGCCAUUACUCUUAUCGCCCAAACAAGUACCACUCCUGCGAGCUCAAACCUGAGAAAAGUGGUACUCUUUUCUUUCCCAAGAGUUAUUUGUAG